GACCACGGCCCAACAAUAUUGACCUGUCGACAAUAUUGAGAAGUCGCUCCUUUUGACUCCACCUUACAGACACCUCAACAGCUGACCUAGAUAUCAAAGUCCGUUCUUAAUGUCAUCAGUAUGUCAAUGACAUCAAGAAAAGAGCCUUGACCUACCAGGCCAGUAAACAGGUGAUACAGUGUGAAGCCCCUCUCGUGCCCGGUUCUUGUGUAUAGGCGCUCCGCGACCACCACUUGUCUUGUGUGUUCACUGCUGUGGCAGAGAAACAAGAAAAAAAGGCUGUACACCCUCCAAAUCCAAAAUGGCUGAGGGAGUUUAUGACGUCAUAGUGAUAGGUUCGGGAGUGAUGGGGUCUUCCACAGCUUACAGUCUCGCUAAGAAGGGCAAGAAGACUCUCAUCCUCGAGCAGUUUCCUGUCCUACACUCUCGGGGCAGCUCCCAUGGCCUCAGUCGUAUCACCAGACUCGCCUACGGGGUGCAGCACUACACCGACAAGAUGGUGGACGCCUUCAAGAUGUUAGCCGAACUGGAGAGAGAGACGGGGACAGAACUGUUGAUAAACUGUGGUACUCUAAGUAUUGGUCCUGAAAACGAUGAAUUCUUACGUGACGUUGAGAAGGCUCUGACCAAUGUGGGUGCUGCCGUCGAUGUCCUCACCCACGAACAGCUGAGGAGAAGGUACCCCAUGUUGUCCUACCCACACAACUAUGUCGGACUGCUAGACCACAAGGGGGGACUCCUGAAGGCUGACUGCAUUCUGAGGGCUUUGCAGACGGUGUUCAGACAGCGAGGCGGUGAAAUACGUGACUGUGAGCCUGUCACGGCCAUCCACCCGGGAUCAACAGUGACGGUGACGACGUCCAAGGGGACGUACCGGGCUGCUAGUGUCGUAGUUGCUGUCGGUUCCUGGGCAGACAAGAUGCUCCGCCCACUUGGGCUCAGUCUGCCCGUCAAGAUACAGAGAGUGACCGUGUGUUACUGCAAGGAACUACAUCCGGGUAGCCACUCCGCCCAACAGCUUCCCUGCUUCAUUGAACACAGUGGCAGUCCGCCUUAUGACAUUUGGGGGCUGCCUAGCUACGAGUAUCCUGGUUACGCCAAGAUUGCUCUGCACACGGGCCCCGAGAUCUCGCCUGAUACACGAGACCAGCCAGACGGGAAGUGGGUGACAGAUCGAGUGACGGCGUAUGUGAAGGAACAUUUCCCUGGCUUGGAGUCGACACCAUCUAUCACAGAACAGUGUAUUUACACGAUGACACCUGAUGAAGACUUCAUCAUCGACUACCACCCGCAGCACCACAACAUCAUCGUCGCAGCUGGGUUCUCAGGCCACGGAUUCAAACUGGCACCAGUCGUGGGAGAGGCAGUCAGCGACAUGGCGACAGGCCGGGUUCCGAAAUAUGACAUGAAGCCCUUCAUGAUGGCCAGGUUCAAGACAACGGCCAAACUAUAGUCGUGUGGUCCAUAGAGAUGUCGGCCUACAAAGUCAUAAAAAGACAACUGUAGACCUGCUUUUGCGUGCUUCGUCGACUCUGAUAUGUGAUAAGGCUGCAUUACGUUGUUCAGUACAUAUGUAGCUACAGUCAUACCACAUUGGGGAAUUAUUUGAUCUGAUUCCAAAUGGUACCCGUGUAUUUUAUGAAGUAUUCUUACUUCUUCAACAUUAUUGAUGUGUACAGCUGAUCCCUUCUUAUUUUGUUAUUUUGUUUCAGGGCUUUAUGAGAACCUUUUUGAAUCAUAGAUGGCUGACAGCUUUAGAUGCAGAACGUAUUUCCUGCCUGAUAAUACUAAUUUGAGUUGCCUAUAUUAUAUGACCAAAUUUUAAGUAUAUGUAUACAUACUAGAAUUUACUACUAGACCCUGUGUUUAAUUAUUAUUUUUAUAUACAGUCGAACCUCUGGUGUCGAACUCGUGGACACCUGAAAAAAAGUUCAAGUUAUCCGGGGUUCGAGACAUCAGGAGAAAUGUCUCUUUAAUGUGGAUACUUGGGACUCUCAAAUAAGUUCGAGACAACCAGGAGCUCGACAUAUCCAAGUUCGACUCAACGAGGUUCGACUGUAUUUAUACCAAACUGUGAUUGAUUUUAAUGAAUAUAGUAUCAUUAAAUUCCAACAAGACAAGUAUAUAUAAUAUUUUAGUUGUUAUGACUGAUUUAAUGGUACCGCAUGAAAGCUACGCUAAUACAUAACUAUACAUCACAGUAUGUUUUUGUCAAUUGUAUCUUACGCGUAAUUGGAUUUAGAUUGAUAAAAACAUUCUGCAUGAUAGCUAUGCUAAUACGUCACUGUUUAGAAUAUUCAGGAACAAUAAAUAACUUCUCCAUUCGGGAGUUCUCUAUGAAUUUACAAUCCAGAAGAUAAUGUUUCAGGAUUAUACAUUAUAUCUCAUAUUAAAAAUCAAUCGAAUUUACGUAGGUAUCAAAUUCUAUCCUUCAUCAGCAAACUGCAAUAUAUGACAACGAUAUAUAUAUCAGUUAACCAAAUUAAAAACUUCACAAUUCUAAAAUUUAAACAUUUUGACCAGUUAUCAUUGUUGGCCCUUAUUGUGUAUUUAAACAGUAAUGGCCACGUAUUGUCUUCAGAUAUAGUGGCAAAAGUGGU